AAAAUGGGGUUAAUCUCCAUAUGAAUUAGGCUCUUUUGUCUUUUUCAUUUCUCUCUCUAGCUCUUUGCUUGCCUCAUCUAUGAGGAAAUAAAAAAAAAAAAAAAGAAUUUUAGAGUUCAGACGCUGCGUAUUGCUCCUGCUUCUUCAGUUACAUCUCAGUUCUCAUCUCCCUCGACCCUCGUCGUCGUCGUCCCUCGGCGGCUAACGGGCUAAGAGUAGCGGCGCCUCCCUAGAACCGUGCUUCCCUGGUCUCUCGAACUCACUGUGUCGAAGCUCCCUAGUCUCCGGCGGAUCCGAAGUUCUGAACUCCGAAGCUUUCAGCUAUACUGUAUUGAUGGCUGCAUCUUGUGAAGAAGGAAGAAUGGAAGACGCUGAGAAGUUGUGGCAAGAAAUGAGGGCUAAAGACUUGGAGCCUGAUGCAGUGAGUUAUGAAACCAUGAUUGGUGGAUUUUGCAAGACUGGAAAUGUUGGAAGGGCUGAAGAAUUUUUCAGGGAAAUGGCAAUGGCUGGUAUAGAAGGUACUGCUGCUACUUUUGAGCAUAUCAUCAAGGGAUACUGUAAUAUAGGAGAGAUAGAUUCUGCUAUUCUUGUUUAUAAGGACAUGUGUAGGAUGGGUUUUAAGCCAGAGGCUUUAACCCUAGAUCUGAUGAUUAGGUUACUUUGUGAUAAGGGUAGGGUUGAUGAGGCAGUGAAGUUUCUGAGGUGUGCGAUGGAUAAGUUGGAUUUGGUCGCCAAGGAAACGAGUUAUGAGGCUGUGAUAAAGAGGCUUUGUUGUGAGGGGAGGAUGGAAGAAGCAUUGAAGCUUCAGGCAGAGAUGUUAGGCAAAGGGUUUCAACCAAAUUCAGAGAUAUAUGGUGCUUUUAUUGAUGGGUAUAAGAGACAAGGGAACGAUGAAAUGGCUGGAGCUUUAAUGAAAGAGAUGCAGCAAAUUCAGAUGCAGAGCUAGGAGUGUAUUGAUCAUUUUUUGUUGUCUCUGAAAGUGAAGAGUGGUUGCAAUGUUGUCUCUGAAAGGGGGUUCAUGUCAUGCCAAAUGAUCUGUAUUUAGCUUUAUCUGCUGGAAAUUAAAGUUGAGAGUGGUUGAAAAAUAUGUUUUCUUUA